AUGUCAAAUACUUGCGUUGCAAUCGACCCCGAUGGUGACACUCUAGUCAUCCUCGCAAUCAAGCAGGACCCUCAUCCUCCCUCUACAGAACCCUCCGACUCCACCAACUCCACAGAACCCGCCGAACCCGCUGGCACCCCAGACUCCCCGGAAUUCAUCGAGAAACAUUUUCUCUGCUCCAAGAAGCAUCUGACACUUGCAUCGCGUCGUGCUUCUAAGAUGUUCUCAAGCGCCUUCAAAGAAGCUUCAAAACAAGACGAUGGUCUCUAUCAUUGGAACUUUGGGGAAGUUUUUGACGCUCAAGCCUUUGAGCUGGUCUUGAAGAUCAUACAUGGAAAAACCCGCGGACUUCCCCAGAAUGCUGAACUAGAACUUCUAUCAAGAAUUGCUUCUAUUGUUGAUGAUCUGGAAUGCUAUGAUGCUCUUUCGUUCUUCACUGAGAGAUGGCUUUCGUCAUACUGUUGGCUUUAUACACUCCCGCAAAAAAUGGAUAAGACACUAGCACAACUUAUUCUCGUUUCCUUUGUCUUUGCGAAUGCAAAUCUCUUCCAGAAGUGUACACAGAGAGCUGCUCGAUAUACCAGCGAGGGUAUGCCUACAUUUGAUCUACCAAUCCGUGCAGAUAUUCCUAGUCGUAUCGAAGAAAGCAGGACAGAAAUUCUGCAAUACCUAGUUGAUAGACUAUAUAAGGUUCAAGAUGACCUUCUUCACCGGAAGCUGGGAUGCAGUGAAGGUUGUAGAGCUAUGCUCCUAGGAUCUUUGCUACAAGUUAUGAGAGCAGUCAGUCUGUACCCACGACCCGAGUCUCCCUUUUACUCGCUCAGACUCGACUUGAUUAUCAGCUCUUUGAGCGAUAUGCAAUCAUCAAUGCAUUAC